CGGGGGCUCGGGCUUCUUCAGUGUGCUCACUCUGCAGUUCGAUCAUUCACUUCCUCUCCGACUCCGGCAUCUGCAGAUCGAGAGACUCAAGAGCCCGAAACCCACACAUUCGCAUCCAUUCAUUGAUUCAUUGUCUUUGCGGACUUGCUUGCUUGCGCACUCACGCACCCACUCCAGCGACUUCUAUUUGUAGACACUCCGAGACGUAAAUCUGCCGUGAGAGCUCAUUCGACGACAUCUUGAGUCGACGGGCGGUCGGAGGUCGAGAAUUGUGUCAGCCUUGGCGGUUUGAAAUUGACUGAUUGAAGGAUUGAUUGAUUGAUUGAUUGAUUGGCGGAUCAUUUGUUCGCUCGUUUCUUAUGCACACACGGCGGCCGAGGAGCCGAGCCGAGACGAAUCUGGACAGCGCAGCUAGCUUCGGGAUUCAGACGAGGAGAGCCAGGACGCGUGCUGCUGCGUCAGUCUGUGGCCUUGCCGUGUGAGGGGCUUGAUCAAAUUACAUAAUCGGAACGAGUUCGGGUUUGGGUUCUUGGGCGUUCGGUCGGUGGAGAUGCGAUUGUGUGCCUAUCGUGGUAUCCAAUACUUUUUCCUCUUCAACAGAGACGCUGCAUUCGUCUCGUUGCCGCUGCGCAGCAGCCACGAGAUUGCAGUGCGGAUUACAUUCGGCGACUUCAAUCUUUAGCUAUUGAGAUUUGCUCGCGGAUUCCGCCUCCCCUUGACCGGGGUGCGAGUUCGCAGCGCGGUUACGAUAGUCGACAGUACACGAAUUGGAAGCAGUGGAGUAGUAUAAUGCCUACACUCUACUCUCUUCGUCCGAGCUUGGGCUCGGCCUCGAAGACGGGCAAGGCUGCCUUGGCGGAGAAUGCCGUCAGGGCGGCGAGAUCAGAGCAGAAGGGGCGAUUGGGAGAUGAUAGUAGAACUGUAGUUGUGCAGGCUGGCAAGAUUCCUGCGCCCUCGGCCGCAGGCUAUGCGCGGCGGGGAUUGUUCGAGCUCCGUGCACCGCACGCGAUGCAAUUCCCUCAGCAGUAUCAGCAGAAUCAGCAGCAGCAGCAGCAGCAGCCCUCGAACGCGGAGCAGCAGCAUCAGCAGCAGGCCGUGUACAGGCUGGGGGGCGAGACGGCGAAGCACGCCCGAGCCCGGGGCAACGGAGUGGACAUCCUCAAGCGCAUGAGCAGCACCGACUACAGCAGCAGCGGCAGCGCGCACGAGAUCAAUUCCGUGUGCCUGGCGGAGAUGGUGCACGAAUUUCUCGAGGACGAGGCCGAGUUCGGGCCGCCGUGCGGCCGCGCGCGCUGCAAUUGCGAGAGCGGCAGCUGCGGUGGCUCGUCCCUCAGCCCCGACGACGACGACAACGACGACGCCGCCGCCGCCCCGCUGAGCCUGGCGGGCGAGCAGGCCGACGCGCUGCGCGCGCUCGUUUCUUGCGCCGGCGACCUCGAGGCGCACAUUCUGGCUGCGGUCGCCGCGACGGUGCGCGCCGUGAGCGACGAGGUCGAGUUCUUCAGCGGCGAGAAGUCGUCCUAUCGAUUGGUCAUGAGCCGGCUUCGCGCCGCGGGCUACAAUGCGGCGAUCUGCAAGUCGCGCUGGGAGCACACGGGCGGCGUGCCGGGGGGCGACUACGAGUACAUCGACGUGGUGUCGGAAUCGUUCGGCGCCAAGCCCGAGCGAUUGAUCGUGGACCUGGACUUCCGGACGCAAUUCGAGAUCGCGCGCCCCAGCGCGCACUACAAGGCCAUGCUGCAGGUGGUGCCGCAGAUCUUCGUGGGCAAGGCCGAGCGCCUGCUGCAGGUGCUGAACGUAUUGUGCGAGGCGACGAGGCGCUCGGUCAAGAAGAAGGGCAUGCCGCUGCCGCCGUGGCGCAAGCCCGAGUACACCAAGGCCAAGUGGUUCUCGCUGUACAAGAGGACGACCAACGCGUGCUCGAGCUCGAGCUCCAGCUCGAGCUCUAGCAAGGACGGGGGCGACGUCGGGGGUGUGAUCAUGAGAGGCCCCGGCUGGGAUCCCCGGUUCACCACGGAAUUGGAGACGAACUUCAACAGGACGGCGGAUUUGCGGAAAGUUCUGCGCGACAGCAAUUGCGCCAACCACAUGCGAGCUGCUGCUGCGCCCGCGCUGACGACGACGGGCCUCCCUUUCAAGAAGCAAGAAGCGACGACGGAGCCCGAGGGAGUCGUGCGAGGCGCGCGCUUGGUGUUGGCUGAGAUGCAGCAGCAGCAGCAGCUGUUGAUCGGCGGCAAGAGCGAUGCUAUGGUCGCGACCCGAGCUGGUGCUGGUGCUGCUGUUGUAGCAGCUGCUCCGGCAGAGUGGGAGCCGCCGGCGGUGGACUAUUGCGCUCGAUCGCGCAGGGCGGCGAGGAAAGGAACCUCGAUGCUGGCUGCGAUCUUCACAGAGGGAGGGGCGGGGGCGCGGAUCCAAGAUGCGUUCCGGGAACCUCGCAAGCGAGUUCUCGCGACGGGAGGAGGAGCAUUGUUCUGAGCACGGUGUGGACAGCGCGCAAUAAUUUUGGGUUUCCGUCAUUUUUGAUGAUAUUAUGAAUUGAACGUAAUGACUGCCGGUGUUAGAUAAACAGCCGCCGUGGACACGCUUGGAAGGAGCCUUGUAAGAAGAAGACGACCCCGCGUUCGCAACAUUGUACGAUAAAACCACGACCACCAUUCAAUCUGUAUAUUGUCCACGGCUGCUGCGUACAUAUAGAGUAUAGACAAUUAUGCUCUCGGUUUCUUAGAGCGCUAUCCCUGUGAUCCCCUCCUCCCCCCUCACCCGCCCAAGCUAGCAGCAGAUACUGUAAGCCCGGGGUCUACCUUCAUGUGCCCUCGGUUUCAUGGAAAGAGAGGGCGCAGCAGCCCCGAGCAACCGAUCACGCACAGCGCGGCGAAGAAAACAAGUAAGCGGGCGACGACCAGUGAGGGUCUGGCAUUGGGCCCCACCAGCAUCAGGUUUUGUAGUAAUUUACGCGAUGACUCCAUUUUGUGCUCAUAUUUUGAGUAAGGGCCCUCAUGCACAAGAUGCUGAUGCUCGUAUGACGAUACCGAGUUCCGCACCAGCUGAUGCCAAGAUCCGCAUCGUGCCUCUCAAAUUUUUAUAAAACAAGAUUACUAGAAACAUUUUCGCACCU